AUGGCCUCCUACAGCAUGGCCGACUCACCAGCGCCCGAAGGCCAGAAGGAGGCAGAGUCCAAGAAGAUCAGCUUCCGCUUCUGUCGCGAGUGCUCCAACAUGCUCUACCCGAAAGAAGACCGCGAGACCAACACCCUCAUGUUCGCCUGCCGCACCUGCCACUUCAGCGAAGAAGCCGACGCCGCCUGCAUCUACCGCAACUCGCUCAAGGAGACCAUCGCCGAGACGCCGGGCAACGUGCAGGACGUGGCGCAGGAUCCUACGGUGGGUAAUCACAAUCACAACAAUAGCGACGAUACUAGCAUGUCCUUUGACUCGGCGAUGGAUACGAUGGAGGACUCUGAGGGCGUCGACGUCGUGCCCGCCUUCUGCACCUUCUGCGGCCAGGAGAUCUUGUGUCCGAUCUGUGAGGGGCCGACGGAUCGCGGGAUCAUGCUUGAAGCGGAUGAUCCUGAGGGGCAGAAGGGGGAGCAGGCGGUUGAAGAUGAGAGGAGGGAAAGGGCGCUUUCUGGCGUCGGCGUCUUGGGGUCCUCGUAG